AUGUUUCGGACAGCUCUCGGCGCCGGCUUGCGGUCAGCCCCGCAAGCGCGCGCUCCUGCUCCUCCUUCACCUUUCCCCUCCGCAUUCGCACGAUCGACACCUCGCAGCGCUCGUCUCCCCUCUCCCGUCUUCACCUCCGUCCGCCAUGCCUCCACGACCUCUUUCUCGCAAAGCGCCCGCGACAAGCUGCGCGCCCGCCCCUUCCUCCUCCUCGUCGGCUUGAUGCCGGUCUUUACCUUCGGCCUUGGCGUAUGGCAGAUCAAACGGUUGAAUUGGAAGGUCGACCUGAUCCACCAGCUCGACGACAAGCUUCACCAGCCACCCGUCAGGCUGCCUGCCCGCAUCGACACCGCUGCCAUCCCUGAAUUCGCCUGGCGGAAAGUCUUCGUGACGGGAACUCUCGACCACGAACACUCGAUCGAGCUGGGUCCGAAGACGCGAGAUGGACAGCUUGGAUACCACGUCGUGACGCCGCUGGUGCGAGGGGAAGGGCAGGACACGAUUUUGGUGAACCGAGGAUUCGUCAAGCGCGAGUUCAAGGAGGCGAAGGACCGACUAGCUAGUGUCACCAACGAGCCCGUCGCACUUGUCGGCAUGCUGCGAGACCAGGAGGCGCCCAACUCGUUCACGCCCGUCAACCAGCCCGAGAAGGACCAGUGGGUCUUCGCCAACAUCGCCGAGAUGGCGCGGUGUACUGGCGCCGAGCCGGUGCUGGUGGACCAAAUCUACGAGGAUCAUCCUGGCAAGGUCGAGCUGCUUCUGCGAGAAGGCAUCCCCGUCGGUCGGUCAGCGUCAAUCGAGCUGCGCAACAUGCACGCCACCUACGCCGCAACCUGGUUCUCCCUCUCGCUCGCUACCGCCUUCAUGUUCUGGCGCCUGAUGCGGCGACCAAGCGUGUUGACGACAGCGCAGUAUCGCGGAGUCAAGUAG